GACUUCCGGCAUGCAGCUGACACAGUCACGCGGCGCGUGGAGUCUUUGCUGGACUGUUUACUGUAAUAUUAGGGGUUAACACGAUCCUUGCUGUCAUUAGUUUUUUGACCGUUUUUAACCCCUGCCAUGUGUUUGCAGUCCUACUUGUUAAUGUUUAACUUCUAAAAAGCGAAAAGAUAGGCUGUCCAUGUUGAAAUCGCCUUGUUCACAGUAGCAAACGCGUGCAGAACAAACUUAGAAUACUUAUUUGUUAAAUCAACUUUUAUUCAGACUAUUUAAAGUUAUAACGGGAAGAAUGGCCGCCCUGCGUGCAGCAAAGCAAGCUUUAAGGAAAGAAAUAAAGCGACGUGUAGCAGCGUUAAGUGACGAGGAGAAGCUACGACAGUCUUCGGUCCUCUCCAAACAGCUAUUCAGACACCCCAAGUAUGUGUCCUGCAAGAGGAUCGCAGUGUUUCUGAGCAUGCACGAUGAGGUGCGCACAGAGGAGAUCAUCAGAGACGUGUUUAAAUGUGGGAAAAGCUGCUUUAUUCCCAGAUAUGAGAGCAGCAGCAACCACAUGGACAUGUUGCAGCUCCGCAGUCUGCAGGACAUGGAGACCCUGCCGCUCACUGCGUGGAACAUCCAGCAGCCUGCAGCAGAGGACAGCAGCAGAGAGGAGGCACUGUCUGCAGGAGGUUUGGAUCUGAUCCUGAUGCCAGGCCUGGGUUUUGACAGUCUGGGGAACCGUCUGGGCCGAGGGAAGGGUUUCUACGACACCUACCUGGAGCGCUGUAUGAAGCACCCCAAAGGAAAGCCCUACACCAUCGCCCUCGCCUUCAAAGAGCAGCUGCUUCCAGAAAUCCCUGUCGACGACAACGAUGUGCUCAUAGAUGAAGUCCUGUAUGAGAAAGAUUAAUAAAUCAUCAACAGUUGAAUGUGGAAUUCUAGAGAAGAAAUAAUGGCAUUUCAAUAUGUCCAGUGGUUCAGAAAUCAGGAAGCAUUUGUAAUUCUUGCGAGAUUUCACACAUUGAAGUUACAGUUAUGUAUUGAUUACAGACAAUGCUUCAAAUAAAUUCUAAAGAAGUUUACAAGCAAAAAACAUGUCUGAGAGUGUUUUCAUGUGGGUGUAAUGCAACAAUGUAAUAUAAUAUUCUCUCAAAAUCACAUUUUAGUAUUAUAUAGAAGUAUGUUCUUAAUUGUUUUUAUUGAGAAUAACUGUAUAUAAAAGCAUAAGGCUAAUUCAAACUUUAAGGGCAUGUGUUGCCCAUAUUGAUAACAUCUAUUAAUUAACAAAGUUAAAGUUACAUUAUACAAUGGCAGGCAAACAAUGAUAAAAAAACUAUUAGAAAGUUAUGCAUCAUUGAAAAAACAAAAAAGCUUUAUAUGUUAAAUGGGGUUUUCUAUUGUACAAUUUGUCUGAAAUGUUCAUUUUUUUAAAUGCAAGUAAGUACGUAAGUAAGUAAACGGAUGAUAAAUAAGUAAAUAAAUAA